CGGUCGAACCACGAACAAAAAAUGGGAAACGACAAUUUUACACAACAGGAUCCUCCGCCGAUGGGUUUUGCAACUGCACCACCACAGCAGGGAUAUCCACAGCAAGGAUAUCCACAUACUGCAUUUUCCCAGACAGGAUUUCCACAACCAGGAUACCCCCAAUCGAGAUAUCCUCAGCCGGGACAUUCCUGGAAUCCUCCGCCACCACAGUUUGGAUUUUCAGGGCACCCACCGCCACCCCAACAAGGAUAUCCCCCACAGUUCUACGGUGCACCACCAGGAUACGGAUCACCACAAGCACCACUACCUUAUAGUCCGCCCCAGCAAACCAUCACGGUGAAUAACAGUUGGUACAGUCGUAAUCAGAAGAACAAGCCACAAUCUAAUGCUGUUGGUGCAGCGGGUCUCAUUUUUGUCUCUGGCGGUAUGAACAUUGCGUGGAGCAUUGGAUUCAGUGGAGUAAUCUACUAUAAAACCACUGAGCAUAAUUUUGCAGCCUGGUUCAUUGGUGGCAUUAUAGGAGCUGUGCUCAGCUGGUUUCUCAUAAACAAAGUGGCCAAGAAGUAUGUCUUGAUCUUCAGUUCGAUUCUGGUGAUGAUUGGCGGAAUACUGACUGCCAGUACGAAGCAUAAUGGCGAUGCCACGUUGGCGGCUUCCUAUCUGGAUGGAAUCGCCAAUGGACUGGUGUUUGCUCCAUUCAUGGCCUUGGCCGGAGAGGUCUCAGUGUCAUAUAUGAGAGGAAUGGUCUCAGCCAGCAUCGAACAGAUGUGCUUUGGACUGGGAAUCUUCCUGCAGAUCAUCUACACCUCCUCGUGGAACUCAACGGCUUACCCUUCGUAUAACUCCUUCUCGGCGGAGAAUAUGAAAGGAGUGCUGAGCAUUAUAUAUGGAUUUUUGGCCCUGAUUAUUGGCUCACUGCUGUGCAUCGAGUCUCCGGUAAUCAUGCUGGCCAAGAACAAUGACGAACAGGGUGCUAUUGACGCACUGAGACGACUCCAGAGGCCGUAUACCUUGACCAACGAAACCUUCGAGCAGCUGGCGGAGCACAAGAAGUACUUGGCCCAGAACAAGGAACUUUCCAUGGGUCAGAGCAUCGGGCAGGCGCUGCCCACCUUCAUCCGACUCGCUUUCCUUCGCGGUCUCAAUGCCAUGAGCAUUUCCAAAUUUGUCAUGAUCGGCUUUUUGUAUUCACUUGCCAGUCCGUAUGGAUAUGUAUCGUAUUCGGUGGGUUGGUUCAUUGGAUUCGGAAUUUGCCGCUGGAUGGGAAACUUUAUAGCCACGUUCUGCAUGGAGUCCUGUGGUCGCAAGAAGCCCACUCUUCUAGGACUCAUCGUUUGCAGUGUCAUGUCCUUUGUGGUGGCAGCCCAAUUCAAUAUCUUUUCUUAUAAUACCGGCAACGUCAUAAUGUUAUUGGUUUUUGAACUGUUUGCCGGUAUCGCCUUUACAGCCACAUCGCCUUACCUUUCGGAGGCCUUCCCGCUGGAAGUUAAGCAGCACUUCAUAUCCUUCACCUUCAUUGUCGAGAUGCUUGUCUUCAUUGUGUUGACCAUGAUCAGAUGGACCUUUACUGGCGGAGCCAACUACUUCUAUGUCAUGGGAGGACUCUAUCUGUUUGGCUUCUUCUUUGGCCUCGUUUGCCUGCCGGAAACCAGAAGGACCACUUUGAGAGAGGCCCAGGAUAAGUUCAGUAAAUUCAUCAGCAUGGGUUUCUAGUUGGUGGAAUACUUCUUUUACCGCUUUAGUCAUUUCAAAGAUAAUAAAUAUUUAUU